AAAGCCUCAUCUAUCUUUCCUUCUUCUUCUCUUUCUUUUCUCUUGCUUUCUUGGCUCUGGUAUAUCUUCUUUGUGUGAUUCGCCUUCGUAGUUCGGAAAAAAGGGGGAAAAAAAAACCAAAGCACACCCAUCAACCUUUAUAAAAGAGAAGGCUCAAAAACCAUGGUUUUCUCAUCUGUUCCACUCUAUCCAGAUCCUUUGAACUGGCAGCAGCAACCCAAUCGUCAAGAAGGAAGUGGCAAUGAAAAUCCCCAGCUUCCACCACCACCACCUCAGGCCGGUAGUCUGGGCUCGAUUAGACCUGGUUCGAUGGCUGAUCGAGCACGGGUAGCUAAGAUACCACAACCAGAGACAGCACUGAAGUGUCCCAGAUGCGAAUCGACCAAUACUAAGUUUUGCUACUUCAAUAAUUAUAGUCUCACACAGCCCCGCCACUUCUGUAAGACAUGUCGACGAUACUGGACGCGAGGAGGUGCCCUUAGGAAUGUUCCGGUGGGUGGAGGAUGCCGUAGAAACAAGAAAAGCAAAAGCAGUAGCUCGAAGUCGCCAGCUUCUGCUGAAAGGCAUGCUGGUUCGAACUCGACCAGUGCAAUUCCCUCUAGUGGCACCGCAGAGAUAAUUGGUCACUUGCCAAAACAAGCUUCUCAGUUACCCUUCAUGCCCACUUUACAAAAUCUUACUCAGUAUGGUAUUGGGAAUAUGAGCUUAAACUUUGGUGGAAAUACGCCACAUAUAAUGGCAUCCAGUGGUGGUGGCCAGAAUGAAAUGGGUUUUCAUAUAGGUAGUAAUUCAGUAGGUUUGUCCGCAGAAGGAGUGGAGCAGUGGCGUUUGCAACAGGUUCAGCAAUUUCCUUUCUUGGGUAGCUUUGAGCCACCAACAGGUUUGUACCCAUUUCAAAAUGAAGAUGUCAAAGCAUCGUCUUCUGUAGAUAGAAACGGCCAUCUUCCCCACAUGGUGUCGGGCUCUGGGGUUGCCCAGCUGACUGCAGUGAAAUUGCUAGAAAACCAAGGGCUAAACUUGUCAAGGCAGUUCUUGGAUACUUCAGAAAAUAAUCAGUAUUGGGUUGGAAAUGCGUGGACGGAUUUCUCUGGUCUCAACUCUUCCUCCACUAGCAAUCGCUUAUAAUUUGACAUUUACUACACUUAAAUCAAAUAUAAUUGACACCAAGCUAGCUGUAUGUUCCACAGAAUCGCCUCAGCUUGUCGCAAGUUCCAAAUCCGAGAACGUAAGAUCACUUGCUGAGGAACCUAUCUCAUCCUGAUCAAUCUACUGCCGAGCCAAGAAAUGGUAGAUUUUGUAGAAUUUAUAUGUGCCCUUGCUUAUUUAAUUUAUGUUUCUAGUCUCCUGUAUUUUAUGGGCUUGUUUACAGAAGUGUGCGUGCCGGGUCUGAUGGAGUUUGUUAUCUGACAUGAUGAACUCAUUACUAUUAAAAUUUCUCGUAUGCCAACUUUUUCUUCUUCUUCUU